AUGCAUACUGCUCAGUUUUUGGAUAACCAUCCCACCAAUAUCAGCUCGAUUUUGGCCGGUGGAUAUAACCAUCCGCUACUUAGAGAAUGGCAAAACGAACGUCAAUUGACGAAAAACAUGUUCAUCUUCCCACUGUUCAUAUCUGACCUUGAAGACGAGGAAACGCCCAUUGAUUCGCUACCCAACAUCAAGAGGUUUGGUGUUAACAAGCUGGCAGGUUAUUUGAAGCCCUUGGUGGCUAAGGGUCUCAGAGCAGUCAUUUUAUUCGGUGUGCCGUUGAAAGAUGGGUCAAAAGAUCCUGUGGCUACUUCGGCAGACGACCCAGAAGGUCCUGUCAUUCAAGGCAUCAAGCUUCUCAGACGUGAAUUUCCGGACCUCUAUAUCAUGUGCGACACUUGUCUAUGUGAGUACACCUCGCAUGGCCACUGUGGCGUGCUGUACGAAGAUGGAAGCAUCAAUCGUCAGGAAUCGGUCCGUAGAAUUGCUGCAGUUGCUGUUAACUACGCAAAAGCUGGAGCUCAUGCCAUUGCUCCAAGUGACAUGAUUGACGGUAGAAUCAGAGAAAUCAAAUUAGGACUAAUCGAUGCUGGCUUGGCGCACCAGACGUUUGUCAUGAGCUACGCGGCGAAAUUCAGUGGUAACUUGUACGGUCCAUUCCGCGAUGCUGCAUGUUCUGCUCCAUCCAAGGGAGACCGCAAAAACUAUCAGUUGCCAUCCGGUGGUCGGGGUCUGGCUCGUCGUGCUGUUAAGAGAGACCUUGAAGAGGGAAGUGAUGGUAUCAUCGUCAAACCUUCCACUUUCUACCUGGACGUCAUGGCAGACACCGCUGAGAUAGCUCGGGACACCCCCAUCUGCGCUUACCACGUUUCUGGAGAAUAUGCCAUGUUGCAUGCUGCUGCCGAAAAGGGCAUAGUCGAUCUCAAAACCAUUGCCUUUGAAUCGCACCAAGGAUUUUUGAGAGCUGGGGCCCGGCUUAUUAUCUCCUACUUCACUCCUGAGUUCUUGGACUGGUUAAGCCAAUAG